ACUAGCAUCAUCUUAUCAAAAUGUCGCUAACUGGACAGGAAAAUUAUGUUACAACUUUAUCUACAGCAUGUAACAAGUUUACACUUCCAUUAUACAAGAAUUUAUCAACCAACACUGACAGCAACGUUAUAAUUUCUCCUUUAAGUUUGCAUAUGAUUUUAUUUUUACUUUCUAAUGGUGCUGCAGGAUCUACAUUGAACGAACUAAAAUCUGUUCUUCAUUAUGACGAUGUAGUUUCUACGAAUGAUGAAUUUAAGGCUCUGAUUCUCUUGUUGAAAGACAUUGAAAACAUUGAAUUGCAUAUAGCGAAUAAAAUAUAUGUUCAAGAUGGAUUUGACUUAAUGGCUGAAUUUUUAGCGAUAUGCACAAAUAUAUUUCAAUCUACAAUUUCAAGAUUGAACUUCAAAAAUAAUGAGCUUGCUGUAGAAACUAUUAAUUCAUGGGUUCAAAAAGCAACAAAUAAUAAAAUACUUGAUAUAAUUUCUUCUGAUCAUAUUUAUGAAGAUACAAAAAUUAUGUUAAUAAAUGCUAUUUACUUUAAGAGUAAAUGGCUACAUAAGUUUGAUGAAAUGCAUACAGCAAACCGUAAAUUUCAUAUUUCCAAAACAGAAACAAAUCUUGUUCCAACAAUGUUUAUAACAUCAAAGUAUGCUUAUGGUACAAUACCAAUUUGGAAGACGAGAUUUAUUGAAAUUCCAUACUUGAAUCAAGACAUUGUAAUGAUAAUAUUAUUGCCAGAUAGAGAGAUGGAGUUGCAGGUUUUAGAAAAUAAUUUUAAUUGGAAAACAUUGGCAGAUAAACCUAGGUUUAUCGACGAGAUUGCACUAUAUCUACCUAAAUUUAAGUUUGAAAUUACCAUAGAUUUGAAAGACACUUUGAAAAAGAUUGGCUUAAAUACGAUCUUUGAAGAUAAUGCGAAUUUUACUCAGCUCUCAAACAUUCCUUUGAAAGUAAGUCAUGCAUUACAAAAAAUUUUCAUAGAAAUUAAUGAAGAAGGUUCGGAAGCUGCUGCUGCAACAGUUGUGGGAAUGAGACUGAGAAGGAUGGCAACUUUACCAAUAGAGUUUACAGUUGAUCGUCCGUUUAUGUUUGCAAUUGAACAUAAACCAAGCAGAAUGCCACUAUUUCUUGGAAGUGUGAAGAAAAUAGAGGAUUUCCUCACAAAAAGAGAUGAAUUAUAAAUAGUGCUUCUGACAGAGGUGGUCGGUCGAGGAUGACGGUUGUUGCCAAAUAAACGAUUAAAAAUGGAACCAUCACCUAU